AUUUUUAAAUGGUUAAAGGUCAAAAAGGUCACCUGAGAUACGGUACUUUUGAUCACAAACUUUUAUGUAUUAAUAUAGUAGAAUAUCUUAUUCUUGUGAAGGUUUCUCAUCGAAGUACCGAAAGCAAUGUCUUGGUUUUCUGAUAUUUCCGUGGCUCCUCCAGUGGAAGUGUUCGCCCUAGGAAAAGCAUACACAGAUGAUACCUUCAAACAAAAAGUAAAUUUGGGUGUUGGAGCUUAUCGUACAGCUGAAGGUAAACCGUGGGUACUGCCAGUUGUUAGAGCAGCGGAAAAGGCACUAGCAAAUGAUGAAACACUCAACAAGGAGUACCUCCCCAUUCUGGGAUUGGAUUCGUUCACUACAGCAGCUACAAGGAUGUUACUAGGUGAAGACAGUCCUGCAGUUCUUCAAAAUAGAAGUUUUGGAGUACAAUGUCUUUCUGGCACAGGCGCAUUGAGAGUGGGGGCAGAAUUUCUUGCGCGUGUCUUGGAUAAGAAGAUAUUUUAUUACUCUAAUCCCACAUGGGGAAAUCACAAACUGGUAUUCAAGAACGCUGGUUUCGAAGAAGGAAGGGAGUAUCGUUACUGGAACAAUGAAACUAGGGACAUUGAUUUCGCUGGUCUUCUAGAAGAUUUGAGAAAUGCCCCAGAGCAUUCUGUAAUCAUACUUCAUUCUUGUGCUCACAACCCUACAGGAUGUGACCCUUCCCUGGAUCAAUGGACUCAAAUAGCUGAAGUCAUAAAGGAGAGGAGACUCUUUCCAUUCUUUGAUUGUGCCUAUCAAGGAUUUGCUUCGGGAGAUUUGGUGAAAGAUGCAGCAGCUGUCAGAUAUUUUGCAGAGCAAGGAUUUGAAUUCUUCUGUUCGCAAAGUUUCGCCAAGAAUUUUGGACUAUACAAUGAACGUGUGGGAAAUCUGACUGUUGUGAUGAACAAUUCAGAGUUGAUUAUACCUGCCAAGUCGCAACUGACAUUGAUUGUAAGAGGAAUGUAUUCGAAUCCUCCCAGUCAUGGAGCUAGGAUAGUUGCAUAUGUGCUCGGUAAUCCAGAUUUGUAUGCUCUGUGGCAAGAACACAUCAAAAUUAUGUCAUCAAGGAUCAUCGAUAUGAGGAAACAGUUAAGAGAAGCCCUGGAACUGUUAGGAACACCUGGAGAUUGGAGUCAUCUCACCAAACAAAUUGGAAUGUUUUCGUACACAGGAUUGAAUGAAAUUCAAUCUGAGCACAUGGUUAAGAAACAUCACAUCUAUAUGCUGCGUUCUGGGCGAAUCAGCAUGUGCGGCAUAACCCCACAGAAUGUAGAGUAUGUCGCUAAAGCUAUAUAUGAGACUGUCACAUCGCAACCAAACAAGCUGUAAUAUUAGUGGAUUCAUAUGAAAUUGAAUUUGAACAAAUUUUUUGACGCAACUUUUAUUUGUACAUAUAAAGAAUAUAUUCGAUAUUAUUGUAUGGAAUAUUAUGAGGAAUAAUUAAAUGCAUUAUUUGCUAAAUAUAUGUUGAAGAAACAGUGA